GUUGUUUUAAGCGGUGCACACACGGAUGUUGAUGGACUCACAUGUUGCUGUGUAGUAGCAGUUCCGAAAUCACAACGUUUAUGCUUGUAGUCGUUAAAAUAAGUCAACACAGUCAACCAAAAAUAUCUCGUUGUUGAUCAGCAUGUCGGUGUCUUUGGUGAGGAGAGGUCUGGAGCUGCUCAGCGACGACAUUAAGGAUGUCAGUAAAGGGAAGAAGAAGAAGCAGCAACAAACCCCGAGCUCGGCCACUGUGAUGGAGCAGGUGAGCACGAAGAGACAGGGAGUCACAAAGCAGGUAAAACGGCUGCAGGGUCGCCUGGGUCCCGGCAAGAGCAAAGCUACAGUCAAGGACAAGAGGAUCAAGUCUGCUGUAGAGGAGUACAGGAAGACACAGGGGAAGAGCCAUCUGAGUGCAAACCUCAAGUACUUUAUGGAUACUGGCUGUAAAACCACAGUUUCUGAUACUUUAAAGAUCCUGAGUCACAAUACAGGCAGACAGUCCAGGAACCAUCCGGACCGAUCGGCCAAGAAGCCCAAGAAACCUGUCAAGUCUGAGUCGUUGUUCACCGAGAAAGAGUUCCAGCAGUUCCAGAAGGAAUACUUUGGCAGGACUGUUGAGAAGAAGAAGAAGUAAACCACAUGGACUCAAAGACAGUGCAGCGAUAAAAGGACGCACCAACGCUACAUUAUGUAGACUAAAGUGGAUUCCUGGACCAGGUUAUAUUCCGGGAGUUUGAUCAACUUUGCAUUGCUUAAAGGGAAAGAAAAUGUUUUUUUUAGCCUGAGUCUGUGCUGAUGUUUGGACUUCAUACACUCAUGAAUCAUUUGAUUUUCCUGCUUGAUAAUGACAUGCUGUAAUUCAUAAUAUCAACUUAAUUUGUUAUUAUUUUCUACGGUUGACUUGCAACAGUUGUAUUUGUGUACCUUAUUUCAUAGUAGUGUAACAUCUUAUGUGUCACUUAAUUUUGCUUUCACAUGCUAAAAAUUACCCACAACACGCAUAGUUCAUAAACAGCUAUCAGCUGACACGCCACCUGACAUGAAGUAAAUCAUCAUUUAAACCUUCCAUUUAUCGAGAAUACAUUUGUUUCAUCAAAUAAACUGAUAAUUCAUUAAGUA